AUGGGUUUGCAGAUGCUUGUGCCUUUCGGUCCUUGGAGUUGGUUGUUCUUCCUGGUGGCCCUCAGGUGUGGUGGAGCAUCUUCUGAUUUGAAUGAAUCCACAAAUGCCUCUCCCCAGCGUGAGCCUGAUGUUCGGUUUGCUGCUGCCGGCUCUGAGCCAGCUGAGACGGUAUCUGUUUUCGCACUGGAUUAUGACUAUGUGCAAAUUCCUUACGAGGUCACCCUCUGGAUCCUCCUAGCAUCCCUUGCAAAAAUAGGCUUCCACCUCUCCCACCGGCUGCCGGGCCUCAUGCCUGAGAGCUGCCUGCUCAUCCUGGUGGGGGCCCUGGUGGGCGCCAUCAUCUUCGGCACCGACCACAAAUCGCCUCCAGUCAUGGACUCGAGCAUCUACUUCCUGUACCUCCUCCCGCCCAUCGUCCUGGAGGGCGGGUACUUCAUGCCCACCCGGCCCUUCUUCGAAAACAUCGGAUCCAUCCUGUGGUGGGCAGGGCUGGGGGCCCUGAUCAAUGCCUUCGGCAUUGGCCUCUCGCUCUACCUCGUCUGCCAGGUCCAGGCCUUUGGCCUGAGCGACGUCAACCUGCUUCAUAACCUGCUGUUUGGGAGCCUGAUCUCUGCUGUGGACCCUGUGGCCGUGCUGGCCGUGUUCGAAGAGGCGCGGGUGAAUCAGCAGCUGUACAUGAUGAUCUUUGGGGAGGCGCUCCUCAACGACGGCAUCAGCGUGGUCUUAUAUAACAUCUUAAUCGCCUUCACAAAGAUGCAUAAAUUUGAAGACAUAGAACCUGUGGACAUCUUGGCCGGAUGUGCCCGAUUCAUUAUCGUGGGGUGCGGGGGAGUAUUUUUCGGCGUCAUUUUUGGAUUCAUUUCUGCGUUUAUCACACGUUUCACUCAGAACAUCUCAGCAAUUGAACCCCUCAUCGUCUUCAUGUUCAGCUACUUGUCCUACUUAGUGGCUGAGACGCUCUAUCUCUCUGGCAUCCUGGCAAUCACAGCCUGUGCAGUGACCAUGAAAAAGUACGUCGAAGAAAACGUGUCCCAGACAUCCUACACGACCAUCAAGUAUUUCAUGAAGAUGUUGAGCAGCGUCAGCGAGACCCUGAUCUUCAUGUUCAUGGGCGUGUCCACCGUGGGGAAGAACCACGAGUGGAACUGGGCCUUCGUCUGCUUCACCCUGGCCUUCUGCCAGAUCUGGAGAGCCAUCAGCGUGUUUGCUCUCUUCUAUAUCAGUAACCAGUUUCGGACUUUCCCCUUCUCCAUCAAGGACCAGUGCAUAAUUUUCUACAGUGGUGUCCGAGGAGCUGGAAGUUUUUCACUUGCGUUUUUGCUUCCUCUGUCUCUUUUUCCUAGGAAGAAAAUGUUUGUCACUGCUACUCUAGUAGUUAUAUAUUUUACUGUAUUCAUUCAGGGAAUCACAAUUGGCCCUCUGGUCAGGUACCUGGAUGUUAGAAAGACCAAUAAAAAAGAAUCCAUCAACGAAGAGCUUCAUACCCGUCUGAUGGAUCACUUGAAGGCUGGAAUUGAAGAUGUGUGUGGGCAGUGGAGCCACUACCAAGUGAGAGACAAGUUUAAGAAGUUUGAUCAUAAGUAUUUACGGAAAAUCCUAAUCCGAGAGAACCUGCCAAAAUCGAGCAUUGUUUCUUUGUACAAGAAGCUGGAAAUGAAACAAGCUAUUGAGAUGGCAGAGACCGGGAUACUGAGUUCUACAGCCUUUUCCAUGCCCCACCAGGCCCAGAGGAUACAAGAAACCAAAAGACUCUCCCCUGAAGAUGUGGAGUCCAUGAGGGACAUUCUGACACACAACAUGUACCAAGUUCGACAAAGGACCCUGUCCUACAACAAAUACAACCUCAAACCCCAAACGAGUGAGAAGCAGGCGAAAGAAAUCCUGAUCCGCCGCCAGAACACCUUCAGGGAGAGCGCGAGGAAAGGUCACAGCCUGCCCUGGGGAAAGCCGGCUGGUACCCGAAACAUCCGCUACCUCUCCUUUCCUUAUAGCCAUCCUCAGCCAGCAGGCAGAGAUGUGAGGGUGGCUGAAUUCACAGAUCACGACGGCAGUGACGCAGAAGUCCCCACCAUCAUGUUCAACACACACUCUCCAACGGGGUCACUUCAGGAAGGACGACGGACACAAGAAAUAAUCCCGAUGAAGAACUUACACAGAGGAGGGAAGCCAGCCCACUUGGGCUAUCAAAGAAAUAGGACCCAAGAAGAACAACUGGGCGGGGGCAGAAGGGUGGUUUUGAGGCCCAAACCGCUCUUUCACGCAGUAGAUGAGGACUUCGAAUCUGGGGAGGAGAGUGAGGAAGAGGCCUCAGCCAUUGGGUCCCGAUGGUCAGCUGAGCACAGACCCAGCAGGGACCUCCAGGGAUCCCAUAGCCCUUUGCUCCAAAGCAAGUAAUGUCACGGUCCACAGGACUGUGUUGGGUUUUUCCAGAGUCCAUGUUCCGAUUACUGUGAAAGAAGGAUGUUCAGAGUUCUGAAGCGAGCCAUUGAGUUUUGUUCUUGUUUAUUUUUAUUUUUUUGAUGUGGACCAUUUUUAAAGUCUUUAUUGAAUUUGUUACAAUAUUGCUUCUGUUUUUUUUUUUUUGCUUGUUUUUUAUAGUUUGUUUUUUUGGCCACAUGUGGGAUCCUAGCUCCCCGACCAGGGAUCAAACCCACACCCCCUACAUUGGAAGGCAAAGUCUUAACCACUGGACUGCCAGGGAAGUCCCUUGAGUUUUGUGCUUGUUCCUGGUUUUGGGAAGCUAUUGUGACUCUCUAAGAGGCAAGGAGAUUCUUCAGAGGACUGGGAACCGACUCGCAGUCUCUUCCACAUUCUUAGCUGUGCUUAGCUGUGCUUUGUAGACGAAUUCCCUGUGAGAGACAGACGUCAGUCACCCCAGGGGUUAUUCACUAAAUGUGUCAUUCAUGUAAUUUAUUGAGAUACAAACAUGAUUGGUCAAUAAUUCCCCUUGAGGGCUUCCCUGGUGGCGCAGUGGUUGAGAGUCCGCCUGCCGAUGCAGGGGACACGGGUUCGUGCCCCGGUCCAGGAAGAUCCCACAUGCUGCGGAGCGGCUGGGCCCGUGAGCCAUGGCCGCUGAGCCUGCGCGUCUGGAGCCCGUGCUCCGCAACGGGAGAGGC